AUGUCUCGGAGAGCCAUCAACCGCACUGGUAAUUCAUCUACAGAGCUACCUGGGUACGAACCACCAGCAUGUCCACUCACCGACACUGCUCGCCGCAAGCUGCACGACUUGUCAAACAGCCGCUCAACAGCCGCAUAUCAACAGCAGAUCAACGAAUCUGUCCGAUUACUUGGCUUCAGUGUCAGUGAUAUACACGAGCGAUUGCGCAUGCAGCGCGAAGAGUUGUCCCGUCUAAAACUCCGGAGAGAGGAGAAGGGGACAGAGAAAUCUGAGGACGAGCUACGCCUCGAAGCUCAUCUCCCUGAAUUGGAGGAGCGCAUUAACACACUGACAGCGGCAUCGGAACAGGCCAUUCGUGAUAUGAUCGAUCGCAGAGCAGAAUUGGAAGACGAAGAUGCGAUGUUCAGCGAGUUGCAUGACACGGCCAGUGCAGAAGCUGCCCAACAAAGACAAGUGGACGCCCAACGAAGCGAGCAGGAUGACGAGCAGGAGCCGCUGGGUGCAACAAGCCUACUCGAUCUCUACAAAGAACUGCGCCAGAAGAAAGACACUGAAUAUACUAAAAUGUCCGCCCACCAGCGUUAUGCUCUCAAUAACGACUACGCUGGCUUCAAAAAGCUGUGGCACGAUGCUAUGGCUGGCGAUGAGGGGCCCCCACUGCCCGAUGCCUCACGCUGGUUCACUGCUGAUGGCGAGCCUAUCAUGACCGGUGACGUCAAGGGAGCAGGUGCCGGGGUAGGAGACGACGAUGACGAUAUUGCUGUUGAGCGCGAGGUCAAGAGCAUCAACUGCCCUUUGACAUUACAACCCAUGAAGGAUCCUUACACCAACCGGAACUGCAAACAUACAUUCGAGAAGGCCGCUCUGCUCGAGUAUCUACCCAUGCGAGGAGAGUCUCAAUGUCCACAAGCAGGAUGCUCACAGAAAUUCACGCGUGCGCGAUUCGACCACGAGUUCUUCCAGGACCAAGCCAUGGCGCGCCGUAUCAAGCGUGUUCGUCUGGCACAGCAGCAGCAGGAAAUGAUGGAUGAAGAAGACGAAGGCGACGGCGACGACGAACUUCGAGUUAGAGGCUCACAGGCUGUCCCCGGAAGGCCGCUCAAGAGGGAGAAGAGAGGAGAAUGA